UCUCGAGCCGUUCCCGUUCGUUCGAAUCGGAUGCAUGGAGCACUGUAUGUACACCAGCGCUAUCGCGAUCUCACGGUAGUGUUGUGUACACAUCUAACACCGAUCCGCUUGCUAUGAUUGCUGGAUAACUAAUCUCUUGUGGGUUGCUAUUUUCACAACGCAACGUGCGGUUCUCACUUCAGUAUGUGUUUCGAUCUCUACGCGUUUAUUUGGAACCUGACGGAGUGGGUCAGCUGUAGAAAAAGAAGGUGCAAUUUAGCCAGCCAGAAAGAAGUGUCGUGAAAGUGAAUGCGAAUAAUCGUCAUUGCACUGGGCGUAAACUGUUGACGUGUAGAUUUCUUAGUGGAUUUCCCAAUUUCGAAUCGCAAGCUGAGGCGCUUGAUACGAGAUCGAUGUGAAUUAAGAGUUCAUUGAUUUAGUGUGGUAAAGUGAUUCGAAGACAUCAUAUCGUAGAUAUAACUCGAUGAAGUAAUUAAACCAGUGAAUGAAUCCAGCGCAAGUCGUAUUGAAUAACAAUUUUUUGUCGAGCUUAGUAUAAAUAAAAAACAGUCUGUCGGGUCGAGCAGCAACAAAUGUAUGCAGCGACAAUGUCAGUGUCAAUGGCAUCGAAAAGGCGCAGAAUAUCUUCCGGUCAUUUGCAUCAGUUCCAGUGGUUUAUUCUAAGUUUUGUAGCUCUGCUCAGUGUGGUGAACUAUACAACCAGUGGUUACUUUUAUAACGAUGGAGAUGAUUCCAGUAAAGAUAGAUUUUGUUUUUGUCAGCUUCAGGGAACGAUUGACGAUUGCAGCUGCAACGUGGACACCGUGGACUUUUACAACAAUGUCAAGAUCUUCCCCCGGUUGCGCAGUCUUCUAGUCAAGGACUUCUUUCGCUACUACAAAGUGAAUCUCAUGAAAGAAUGCCCGUUCUGGGUGGACGACAGCAAGUGCGCUAUGCGGUUCUGCCACGUGGAACAAUGCGAAGAAAAAGAUAUCCCACCGGGACUGAAGGGGGACGUGUCUUCUUAUCGCAAGUACCUCAAGGAAGUUCAAACAUUGACGAAUUGUAACGAAGACCUGGACGUGGAGUUAGGUUUUCUGAAUACAAGCAUCAGUGACAAUGCACAUAAGGAAUUCAAGAAAUGGGCCGAUUAUGAUGAAGCUCAGGAUAACUUCUGCAUAUCGGAUGAUCACGAACCGGGAGCGGAAUAUGUGGACCUGUUAUUAAAUCCGGAACGAUAUACGGGAUAUCGAGGGGAAUCGGCUAGGAGAAUAUGGAGCAGCAUUUAUUUGGAAAACUGUUUUCAAUCUCACUCAAUCCGGCGGAAGAAUCCAUACGCCGCAAUGAUCCCAUACCAUGACAUGACGCAAAACGAAGUUUGCCUCGAGCAUCGCGUUUUCUACCGAAUGAUCUCUGGUCUGCAUUCCAGUAUCAACAUCCACCUCUCGGCCAACUAUCUUCUGUCGGAAAAAUCGUCCAUGGGCUUCGUGUCCCCUACCGGAAUAUGGGGUGCCAAUAUGGAGGAAUUCGAACGCCGAUUCAGUCCGCAGACGACGGACAACGAAGGUCAACACUGGUUGCGGAAUCUGUACUUUGCAUAUCUUGUUGAGCUGAGAGCCUUGGCCAAAGCCGCUCCGUACCUUCGCAAUGAGGAAUAUUUCACCGGUCGUGAAAAAGAGGAUCGCGAACUUAGGGUCGCCGUGAAAGAUCUGCUAAACGUGAUCGAGAGCUUCCCAUCGCAUUUCAACGAAUCCGUUAUGUUCAGCGGCGGUACGUCUUCGGUGAAGGUGAAGAAUGAAUUCCGAGAGAAGUUUAUGAACAUUUCUAAGAUUAUGGAUUGCGUUGGUUGUGAUAAGUGUCGAUUGUGGGGUAAAUUGCAGGUUCAAGGAAUGGGAACAGCCCUAAAAAUACUGUUCUCUGGAAAGUUUGAUGAUCAGCUAGAUAACAGUUUACAGACAAAACUGAAGCCAGAACAUUCCCAGUUCAAACUCAAAAGAGCGGAGAUAGUAGCAUUGCUCAAUGCAUUUGGAAGACUUUCAACGAGUAUACACGAGCUGGAAGAGUUCAGGCAGCGAAUGCGGUGAAAAGCUUUACAAAAAUCCCUCAUCUAGUUAUAUAUUAAUCAUUUACCAGACUGGCAGUGAACCGAAUACAGUGAUACAGGUGCUUAAACGAUAAAAUCCAGCUAUAUUAUACCCUAGUGGUCCAUUGAAAGAGUGUGUCCGGCAAUCAUUAACGCUCAAGUGUCACAUUGUGGGAAUCACGAAUGACAACGCAUUAUAAUCAUGUCAAGUGCGUCAUGGCGCUUCGUGUUCUAGUAUAAAUGUGCGGGUUCUAACUUAAACAUUAGUAAUUGACGUGUGUAAUUAUUGUUAAACAGAGAGAAUGAAUGCAUGUAUGUAAUUUAUACAAAAGACAGAUAUUAAUGAUUUUGUAAAUAAAUUGUUCCUUUUUAUGAUAAUGA